AAAUAUGUUUAUAAAAAGUAGAUAUAAUAAAAUAUCGAGUUUAUUAAUAAUAUUGUUCUAUUUUAUAAUAAAUACCGAGUGUCAGCAACUAAAUAAAGAUGAUAUAGACAACUAUUUUAAAAACUAUCCAUUUGGUGUUAGAUCGAAUAAUGGGGUGUAUGUUAAAUAUGCACAAGUACCAGCAAAUGGUACUAUAUUGGGGUUUUCUAAAAAUGGUAGUGCUGAUUUUCCACCAAUUGAUUUACUACCUGGUUCUUAUUUAAAUAAUUUUACAGGAAUUGUAGAGGAUCAUUUAGGCCCAGAUGGUAGACCAGUUUAUACUGGUGGUGAUUCGCCAUACAUUGUAAAUGAUCCAAACACUGGUCAAAACGUUACAUUGGUUCAUAAUUCAACUACUUUUUAUGAAUGGUUUCACAGUGUUCAAUGUGUAAACUAUCCAACCAAUGCAUCUUUAUAUUUAGCUCAGAACCCUCAAGAGUUUGUAUUAAUACCACAAAACUAUUCUUACCCCUAUGGAACAAAACAAGAUCCCUUACCCUAUUUCCAAAACCCAACAUAUCAAAUAAGUGUAUUGGCACAAGGUAGAAAUAAUGUUGAUCCCCACAUUUCGAUUAUUACAAAUUGGCUUUGUUUUUUUUUUAUCGAUAAUGUAAAGCAAACAGGUGUCUUUUUGGAGGGUCCCGGUAAUGAAGAUGUUUAUUAUUAUGACUAUAGCGAGCCAUUCGUAGAAGGAAAAUCAUUAAAAAUUGAUUUAUUCUGUGCAUCAAGAUACACUGGUGAUAAUGGUAUUAUAGAUAUCAGUUUUUAUAAUACAUUCCAAAACUUUACAUGUGGUAAUCUUGAUUCAUGUGGAGUAUGUGGAUUUAAUGAAACAUGCGGUUGCAAUAAAGGACCAAUUUCAGGGUGUUCACGUGCAAAUGAAGAGUGCCAAACUUGCAGCUAUAUUAAUGAUUGUGGUUAUGUUCAAAAUGACAGUCCAUUGUGCCAAACUGUAAUGUGUACAAAUAAUCAAACAUGUGUAAUAGAACCAAUUUCAUGCGAUGAUGGUAAUCCAUGCACUGAAGAUUCUUGCUCUAAUCUUGAAGGUUGCGUCAAUGAACUAUGUCCAUCUGAUAACCUAUGUUUAAACGGCACUUGCAUCAGCGGUGAAUUAACACCAUGUCAAUUCUACAAAUGUGGAUCCAACCAAAUAUGUGUAGAAGAUUUUUCAUCAGAUCAAAUUAAUGGUGUCCCCAAAUGUGUCCAUAAAAAAAGAGACUGCAUGGAUUGCAAUGAUUUAGACUGUCCAUUUCAAAACCUGUAUUGCAAAUAUAUUGAAAUUUACGAAAGCAAUAAUUGUAAUGGUCACUGCAAAGAUAAAUAUUCAUGUUGUAAUUACCAACCUGUUUGUUUUUAAAACAAUACAAAAAAUUAAAAAAAAAAAAAAAAAAAAUUAAAAAAUAAAAUUCUUGAUUACGCAGUAUAAUCAUUGGAUUAAGAUAU